GCCGUGCGUACUCGCGCCCGACCAGCACGUAGCGCGCGCGUGACACACUCAGGCCGCCUUCGCCACGCCAAGCCGUCCGGGCACCAGAAAUCUGUUAAUGUGGAGUGAGGGACGCCUCUGCCCUAGGGAUGCCUGACUCAUUCUAGGAAGAGGAGCUGUGAACGAGGUUAAAGGGACAAAUGGCAGCCUCCUCUUCAUCCUCUUCAGCUGGUGGAGUCAGUGCAAGCUCUGUAACUGGAUCUGGGUUCAGUGUCUCAGAACUUGCCCCACCACGGAAAGCCCUCUUUACAUACCCCAAAGGAGCUGGAGAAAUGUUAGAAGAUGGCUCCGAAAGAUUCCUUUGUGAAUCCGUUUUCAGCUAUCAGGUUGCCUCUACAUUAAAGCAAGUGAAACAUGAUCAACAGGUUGCUCGGAUGGAAAAACUAGCUGGUUUAGUGGAAGAACUGGAAGCAGAUGAGUGGAGGUACAAGCCAAUAGAACAGUUGCUGGGGUUCACUCCAUCCUCAGGCUGAAAGCUUUGGGAUCACUGGUGUUGAAAGACAACACAAAUAUACAACACUUGGGAAUGAUUUUUAAAUAUGCUGCCAUUUAUCAGUGUGUUCCCAGGUGCAUCAUGUUUUUUUAAAUCCACACCAGGUGGCUCUGUAAUUGCAACUUACUGGAUACUACCACAAAACUGUAAAUCCUUUUAGUCUUCUGCAGGAUAGACAUUUGGUAAUAAUUCAGCAGGGCCUGGUUUCUGUAACUUAUGAAAUACAGUAAGUUUUAAAGGCUUGGCAAAUAACCUGUUUGUUUAAAGGGGAAGGGAAGGUUAUUAUAAAAAACCCGAUCAUUUAUACUCACAAUGGAAUGUACGUGCCUGAACUGGCCAGGUAAUAUCAAUCAUUCAGGACCUGGAUACCUUUGCUGUUUUGAGUCCAAAUCCUGGAGGGAAAAAGAACAAGGCACUGAAUGGAAAGAAGAUUCUUUUUGAAGAUGAAUGUGAUAACAAACUGUGCAGGGUCAACUGAAGAGAAAAAUGUUAACCAAUUUCUAUAGUUAGAUCUCCUUGUUUUUGCUGAGUCUUCUCUCUGCUAGCAUGUUUCUUUUUUGACUGUACACAAUAUGAGAAGGGAACUGCAGUUUAAUGCAGAGGCAGUGACUCAGGACACUGAAAUCUGCUCUCACCUUUACCAUAAUGUACAAAACUGUUCAAUGGCUAAUAAAUUUCAAGAGUUUGAA